AUAAAAUAUUAUGAAUAAAAAUACAAGAAAAAUUCAGUGAUGUAAUUUGUAUAAAGAUGAUGAUUAUAUGAAUAAAAUGAAUGAAUUAACAGUAGAAAAAAUAAUAAUAAGCAAAAAUAUGGAUUACCUUCAAAGACUACAAAUAUAAUGGCUAAGGCUUUAUUAACUGAAACUGAUGAUGAUGUUGAAGAAUUUUCUGAAUUUGAAAGUGCACAAGUAAAAGCUUGUCCUGAAGAUAUUACUAAAAACUCAAGUGAAAUUACUCAAGUUGCAAAUGAUAAAAACAAACUAGAAAAUGAUCAGAAAAGGUACUUGAGUGAAACUGAUGCUUCAUCUUCAUCAUUCCUAAAUGGUGGUAACAAAAAAUGUGAUAUAUAUGAGCUUUUUUUAAAUAUAUUUCCAAAUUCUGAUAAUAAAGAGAAGAAAGAAAGCAAAAUAAAUAGUUUAGAAGACCAGUGUAAAAAUAAUACACUAUGGACAAAAUUACAAGAUAUUGAUUGCACACCAGAAUCACAGUGGGAAAAUUCAAAAGCUUUUCAAUUAAUGUUGCAAUCAUUAAAAAUAGAUUCUUGUAACAUUCUCCAAUCAUCUUUUUAUCCAAUCAUUUCACAUUUAGAAGUAAUGAAUUCUACAUUAUUAAAAGAUUUUGUGUCUGAAGAAAUUGAAGAAGCAAGUGAUGAUUUGAAGAUAUACAUUCCAGAAGCCCAGUUUGAUUGGUCUAGUAGUGGACUUGUAAAUCCUUUGGAAGAUGAAAUAUGUUUAAUUGAUAUUAGAGGAUUUGAUGUAACAAUAAAUGAUAUUAUGGAAACAGAACAAAAGUCACAGAUUCAUUUUUCUAAGCUUCCAGACUUAUCCUUUAUGCAAGCUAAAUCAUUAAUAUUUCCUUAUAAAAAAAAUUUAUCAUUACAAUGAAAGAUGUUAUAAAAUUCACUUCAGUACUAGACGUACAGUACUUUCUAUUGAAUCUACCAUCCAGUUGUUAUAGACCGAUUUGGAAUUUCUGUAAAUUAAAAAGAUGUAAUUUCAAAUUGAUAUUAGCAUUUGCAUUGGUCAUGUGCUGUGUUCAAGCAAUGAACCUGUAAAUGGAAAAUCAGCAUAACAAAACUUUCUCUAGUAAUUAACUGGUGAAUUUAUUGUAAAUUCACAAAAGAAACAAAUAUUAAAUAACACAGAUUCAAGGCUGUUCCAUGGCGUUUGAAAAAAAAGAUUGCGCAGAAAGUUUGGAAUAUUUUAAAAAGCGUUGCGCCAAAAAGAAUUGCCGCGAGGUGGUGCUCUUGAAUUCAAACAUUGAUGAGCUGGACUGAACCAUAUUAAGGAGUCCUUAAAUCUGUGGCACCUCCCUAAAAACAUCAAAAUGCAUUGUCGUCAGACUUAGGAGGCUGAAACUUUGAGGACAAUCUUAAUUAAUUAGAAGUGGAUUAGUUGCAAGAUUUGAUGACAUCAUACAAAGCAAAUUAAAUAAAAGGAGUUAUUUUAAAUAAAAUAAUUUCAGAUACACUAAAAUUCGAAUGUAUUUUAAGUUUAAAAUCAUGAAUUUAAAAUUUUAAAUCCAUACCGCUAAAAUGAUUAUAAUACAGAUUAGAAAAAAAAUACUUUAUUUCUUUUUUCCCCUUAUCUUUCCAUGUUUCUGUAAACU